CACCGAGUCCACCCAUCACCCUGUGCACCCGUCUCCUUCCUUCCUUCCUUUACUCCCUCCUCGCACCCACUCCCGGAUCUCAUCUCACACAGCCAGCGCACAUCCCCCACCCAGAUCCGAACCCUACCCAACCCCCGCCCCAGAUCCGGCCGCCGGCCGCCGCCGGCGAUGGCGUGCCUCGCGAUCUCCCUGCAGCCGGUGAACGGCCCGGACAUCCUGCUCCAGACGCGCUCCUGGUUCCCGGUCUCGCGCGCCCUCGCCGCCGUCUCCGCCUUCCGCCUCGCGCGCCUCAGCCUCGCCCGCGGCAAGCAGCCGCACGCCUCCCCCUCCCCCUCCGCCUCCCUCGACGCCAUCGGCGACGACCCGCUGGCCACGGGGUCGGGGCAGCUGGUGGUGGGCGUCGAGUCGCAGUACCGCGUGGUGUACCGCCUCGUCAACUCCAUCUACGUGCUCGGCGUCACCACCGCCUCCGACCACGCCGCGCCCGCCGUCCACGCCUUCGCCGUCGCCGACGCCGUCAACCAGGCCGUCUCCGUCCUCGUCGCCGCCUGCCGCGGCGUCGACGCCACCCCCGACAAGGUCCACCGCAAGUACCCCGAGGUCUACCUCGCGCUCGACCUCGUCCUCCACGGCGUCGGCUCCGUCCGCCUCUCCCAGAUCCUCGCCACCAUCCAUGGCGACAACCUCGCCCGCAUGGUCAACUCCUCCCCCGACGCCGAGGCCCGCGCCCGCGGCGCCGACUCCUGGCCCGUCGUCGAGCACCUCGCGCAGGACCGCCACGCCGCCCGCGACGGCUUCGCCGGCGCCUCCUUCGAGCUCCCCCAGGAGACCCUCUCUGCCGGCGACGAGUUCUCCGCUUCCAGCCUCGCGCCUGCGGCUGCUGCGGCUACUGGGGAUGAGCCGCCGCCUGAGGAGGCGCCCCCCAUCGAGAAGGACCCCUUUGCGGCCAGCGACAUGGUUGCUAGCAAGCCGGAGGAGGCGUUGGUCGGUGCGUUCAAGAAGAACAAGGAGACUGCCCUUGUGGUUGCUGAUCCUGCUGCUGCGCUUGCUGGGUUGGAGGUCACCACUCUGCCGCCAGCCGAGGCGACGAAACCAACGUUUAUUGGGGUCGAGGGAUUUGAGGGUGACUAUGGUGGAAUUGAGUUUGGUAAUGAGGAAGCUUCACUGGCUGAGGCAUUUGAGGGGUUCAAUGCGCCAUUUGGGGGUGGGCUAGAUGCUUCUGAGUUUGUUACCACAACCAAGAAGGAUCACAAGGACAAGACCCUCACUGGUCUUGAGAUUCUAGCCAUGAGUGGUGGGCAGGCACCGAAUGCAGCUACUUCUGGUUCGCCACUUGACAGCUUGGUAACCCCGAGCAAAGAUAUGACCGUGCCUGAGUUGUGCAUCGUGGAGGAAAUCAAUGCUGAAUUCAAGGAGUCUGUUCUUGCACGGGUUGGUCUGAAGGGUACAAUCAUUUUGCGGACGUUACCACCAAAGAAGGCAGCAGGGAGGGAGACAGAGUUCUCAUUCCGGCUUGAGGGUACUUCUGGAAUGAAGAGGGCUGCCUUGCAGAGUACCGUGUUGAGCAGCCUUGAGAAUGGCCUGUUCCAUGUGAAGACACCAUCGAAGGAGGAGCCUAUCCCCAUCAUGAAAUACAGCUUCCUGCCCAAGCACUCACCUCUCCCCCUGAGGUUGCGCCUUGUAAAGCGCCACAGUGGUACAUUGCUCUCACUGAUGAUACACUAUGCGUCGAACCCGAUGUUGCCGCAGCCACUGAGCAAUGUUACAUUCAUUGUUAAACUUCCUGUGGAUCCAACUCUGCUUAAUGUUUCGCCCAAGGCUGUGUUAAACCGGGCUGAGAGGGAGCUCAGGUGGCACAUCUCAGACAUUCCUCUGAAAGGUCCUGCUGGCCGGUUGAGAGCACGGAUGCCUGUGGAUCAAGACUCCAAAGAUGGUGAACUGGAGGUUGUUGGAAUGGUCAAGUUUGCUUACCAAGGGCCAUUCACUUUGUCUGGCAUCAAGCUCUGCCCAGCCAUCAAUAGCACUGCCCAGUUUAAUGAAGUUGGCCACACCUUCUCAAGCGGGAGCUACCGUUGCAUCUGAGUUGGUACCUUUUUGUACUGUAGCUGUUUACUUUACCCCUUAUUCAGUUUGCUUCUACAACAGGGUGUGAAUUUCAUAUUUGUACGUAUAUGUUUUGUGAGGCUGGAAUUUAAACCAUGUUUUUGAGUUGUGAUUA